AUGACCCGUCGGAUCCAGCGAGUGGCCGUGAUCGGUGCCGGAAUUAGUGGCGUCGUGUCUGCAGCCCACCUUAUGGCGCAUGGGAUCGAUGUGACUGUUUUCGAGCGGAAUCAUGCAGCAGGCGGCGUUUGGCUCCACGAUGAAAGAAAGCCACUUGAACCAAAUUACCCCUCGAUAAACCCCUCUGUGUCAGAGAAGCAUCGGGAGGAUGCCCAACAAGAGGACUCAUUGUUGUUGGAGCACGCUCCACCUGGGCCGUGCUAUGAUGGACUUAAGAACAACGUGGCCACGUCGCUGAUGAGGGUCAAGCUCAACGCCUGGCCAGAAGGAACCCCGGAGUUUGUCAGUCACACCGUGAUGAAAGAGUACAUCCAGGAUACUUCGAAGAAAGCUGGGGCCGACAGUGUUACAUUGUAUGGAGCUCGUGUGAACAGGCUACGCAAGGAUGAGCAAAAAUGGCAUGUUACCUGGUCAACGUUGACAGAAAACGAUCAACCAGGAAGACUCGAGGGCCGGGAGGAGAGCGCCAUAUUCGAUGCGGUCAUAGUUGCUUCUGGUCACUAUCAUGCGCCCCGUGUCCCAGAUGUACCUGGCCUGUCAAAAGCGAAAACACAAUGGCCGUCGCGUAUAAUCCACUCAAAGGGAUACAGAAAACCGGAUACCUAUGCGGGAAAGAAUGUCCUACUCAUCGGGGGUGGAGUCUCGUCAACAGACCUUGCACGAGAAAUUGGACCUCUGGCCAAGAACGUUUACCAAAGCACACGUAACGGUGAAUUCGAUAUUUCUUCCAGCAUUCUUCCCGACAAUGGUGUCAGAGUCAGCGAAAUUGAACGCUUUGAGAUCGAGUCACCGACAGUUGCUGAUAACGAGCCUCUGCCCAUGGUCAUCCACUUGAGAUCAGGACAGAAACUAUGCGGAAUCGAUGCAGUCAUAAUCUGCACUGGAUAUCAUAUUACGCUGCCUUUUCUCUCGGAGUACCACGAUGAUACGACACCGGCAGAAAAAGCCAACGAGACGAUCCUAGUGACGGAUGGAACGCAGGUGCACAACCUGCACAAAGACAUCUUCUAUAUUCCGGACCCGACGCUUGCAUUCGUGGGAGUCCCAUACUACACGGCCACUUUUACACUCUUCGAAUUCCAGGCUAUAGUUGUAGCGAAUGUGUUUGCUGAGAUCGCGGAGUUGCCCUCGAAAAGCGAUAUGAGAGAUGAAUACAAUAGGAAGAUCAAGGAGAAGGGCAGCGGGAAGCGGUUUCACUCACUCAAGGAUGUAGAGGAGUUCUAUGUCCUGGAUUUGCUGGAGUGGAUCAACGCCUUCAGGGAAAAGCACGGACUCCCUGUGAUCGAAGGGCAUUCGGAUCACUGGCAUGUGGUCAAAGCGGCGCAGAGGGAGCGAGUCCAGCUGCUGCUGGGGGCUGGUCGGAGGCGCGACAGCGGCAUCGGGGAACUGCCAGCCUUGGAGACCGCGGUCAUGGCCCCAUCACCAGCCACCGUUGAUGACAGAGCAGUCGACUCCUCAAGUGUCGUUCAGAAAAACCCGAAGCGAAAAUGGGUUAGCUACCUCUGGGAUACGUUUGACAAAUCGCCCGAGGAGCGCAGACUGCUGUUCAAGCUGGAUACGGCAAUUCUGACGUUUGCAUCGCUCGGUUACUUCAUCAAGUAUCUUGACCAAGUCAAUAUUAACAAUGCCUUUGUUUCCGGAAUGAAAGAGGACUUGGGCUUAUAUGGCAACCAGCUCAACUACAUGCAAGCUUGCUGGACAGUCGGCUAUGUCAUCGGUGAAAUCCCAAGUAAUAUGCUUCUGACGCGCAUACGGCCCAGAUACUGGAUUCCAGCCAUGGAGUUACUAUGGACGGUACUCACUUUCAUCCUGUCGCGAUCAACCAAUGCUACUCAUUUCUAUGUCCUUCGCUUUUUCAUUGGACUGGCCGAGAGUAGUUUCUAUCCCGGAAUGCAAUACAUCAUUGGAUCGUGGUACCGGAAGGACGAACUUGCAAAGCGCUCAUGUAUAUUCCACACCAGUAGUGGCAUUGCGAGUAUGUUCUCUGGGUAUCUGAUGGCUGGUGUGUAUAAUCUUGGAGGACGUGGAGGGCUCAAGGGUUGGCAAUGGCUCUUCAUGAUCGAUGGAAUCAUUUCGAUCCCUGUGGCAAUCAGCGGGUUCUUCAUUUUGCCUGAUGUUCCCGAAAUCUCGAAUCCGUUUUAUCUUAGCGAGGAGGAAGUGAAACUGGCGCAGAAACGGAUGCAAUUCGAAGGACGCAAGAAUAGAGAGCCUUAUACUAAAGCCAAACUGAAGAAGAUCUUCUCAUCGUGGCGUAUCUACUUGCUUACGAUUGUGUAUAUUGCAUUCAACAACGGAGCAGCUGGCAGUCAGCCUGUGUUCCAGCAGUACCUGAAAGACUCGACGAAUCCGAAAUAUACCGUUGACCAGAUCAACGCUUAUCCAACAACUACAAAUGCAGUCCAGGUCGUCACGACGCUCGUCUACGCAUGGACUUCCGACACAAUCCUCAAAGGAAGACGAUGGCCUUGCAUCAUUAUCGGCGCCUGCAUAAACAUCAUCUGCUACGUCUCUCUCGCCAUAUGGGACAUUCCAACAGGAUGGAAAUGGACCUGCUAUAUCCUCUCCGGUGCCGGGUUCGGCCUGAGCGGUCUCUGCAUGGCAUGGGCCCAUGAGAUCUGUACCGAAGACAACGAAGAACGCGCCCUUGUUGUUGGUAGCAUGAACGAAAUGGCCUACGUUUUCCAAGCCUGGCUCCCGCUGGUUGUCUGGCAGCAAGUCGACGGACCCCAGUACCGAAAGGGUUUCAUCACCGUGACAAUCAUGUCCGUGAUCUUGAUUAUCUCGACGAUGGCUACGAGGAGCAUGCAACACAGAGAUGAUGGGAGGAAGUAA